GAGUCUCCGAAGUCUGCAAAAAGCACUACAAAGCCUGGCAGCAGCGGUAGCGGGAAGGAUGGCGGGGCAGAGAAUUCGGAAGAGGCCCAGCAGCCGCAGCAGCAGCCGCAGCCGCAGCAGCAGCAACAGCAGACAACUUCAAAUAAGCGGCCCAGUAACAGCGCUCCCCCACCAACCCAGCUGAAUAAGAUUAAAUACUCGGGAGGACCCCAGAUUGUGAAGAAGGAGCGCCGGCACAGCUCUUCUCGCUUCAAUCUGAGCAAAAACCGGGAACUACAAAAGCUCCCAGCCCUUAAAGAUGCUCCUCCGCACGAACGAGAAGAGCUUUUCAUCCAGAAGCUGCGGCAGUGCUGCGUGCUUUUUGACUUCAUCUCCGACCCCCUCAGUGACCUGAAGUUCAAGGAGGUGAAGCGAGCCGGUCUCAACGAGAUGGUGGAAUACAUCACGCACAACCGUGAUGUUGUCACUGAGGCCAUCUACCCCGAAGCUGUUAUCAUGUUUUCAGUGAACCUCUUCCGGACACUCCCGCCAUCGUCCAAUCCCACAGGUGCGGAGUUUGACCCCGAGGAAGAUGAGCCUACGUUAGAGGCUGCCUGGCCACACCUUCAGCUGGUGUACGAGUUCUUCCUCCGGUUCCUGGAAUCGCCUGACUUUCAACCAAAUGUAGCCAAGAAGUACAUUGACCAGAAGUUUGUACUAUCGCUGCUGGAUCUCUUUGAUAGUGAAGACCCUAGAGAACGAGACUUCCUAAAGACUAUUCUGCACAGGAUCUAUGGGAAAUUCCUGGGUCUGCGAGCAUACGUGAGACGGCAGAUCAACAAUAUAUUUUACAG